UCUGUAACAAAGGGAGAAUGAGGCCAUUUUUAGGUUCGUAGCUGCAAUACACAUUGUACCUCCGUGCUGUAUUUGUUUAUUACACUUGAAAAACAACGAAUAAUGGAUAAAAUGAGAGAGUGGAUUGGCCUGGAGAGUCAAAGAAAUCUUCCCAUGAAAAGGUAACCAUGGCUGACAGAGGAAGAACAAUGAUUCCAAGCACCACCCUCCUUUUGAAGCUUCCAGUCUGUUAUUUGAACUCAAUCGAAGCUGAGAAUGCCAAGCGGGGACUUCAAGGAGGACAGGCCUACGACAUCAGCUCAAUCCACCCCUUGUGGCACCCCUUCCAGCACCCCCUGUGUUACCCCCAGCAUCAGCCCCCACUCCUCACCGAUACUCAACCGCAGGAGCUGGUUCAACAGCCAGAGUCUUGCACCAUUUCUCGCUGCCCCAGAGCUCAGUAGUCCUAACCUCAGCCCUGAAAUGGGAGGCAACGAGGGAGGAGGUGGAGCGGGAGGGGAGAGGUGGAGCUUAUUUGGAACUUCUCGCCCAGUAGUACAGAAGUCCACUACUGACCCCGGUUCAGAAACCAACACAGGCUUCACACUAAAGUCAUACUUUGGCGUGCAGAAGUCUAGCACCAUGGAGGGCAUCAAGACCCAGGUCAACCUCAUGGUGGAUGACCCUGCCAAGUUCAACCCCCCCAAGAUUGAGAUCAACAGCAUCGAGGGCAACAGACCCCUCCAGACCCGCCCACACAAACUCAAACCCCGGGACAUGAACGUCCUGACACCAUCUGGAUUCUGAUACCCUUGCCUCCCUGUUGGCCAAUAGCAGGUCUCCUACACUCCCCUGUCUCCUAAGCCUCCUCAGCUUCUGUGGAACCCCGAGAUGGAAAACAUGGAGGACGAGCUACAGAACUAUAUCCCCAUAUUCCCUGAACCCUGAUGUUUUAUAUGACCCUAUGCCUGCUCCCCCCACUACUCCUCAAUUAAAGCACCAAACGGAGCAUUUCCAUCCACCUCGGCUCAAGAGGGUCACUUUUUUUGGAGGGGUGCUUUGUCAUACAAUGCCCUGUUGUCGUCUGCUUCUCAGUGAUGUCAUGAGAUAGAAAUUGUGGUUUUGAUGUCCCCUGCUUUGGAUGAAAACCCCCAAGCUCAUUGUAUUUAACUCACUUUCACUUAAAGCACUGUACAGUACCCAGCCAAUGUCAUUUCACUCAACUAUACUCAAUCGCCUCUGACGCUUUAGUUUAGUUUUUUUAUCACAAAAGUGUGGUUUUACUGACGUUGUGCCUAAGCUUGCUUCUGGCAUCUUGGUCACAUCAGUUGACCUUUUUUUUCUUUUUUUGAAAGAUGAGUGGCUAAUGCUAACCAGGAUUAUUUGUAUUUGUUUUUCUUCAUAACAUCCAGAUAUUGUUUGUUAGUAUUUAAGUGUCAUGAUAUUUGUCAUACCAGUCUGUAAUGUUUUAAGAAUAUAUUGAUAUGAAGUACAAUGCAUUGAAAUGGUCAUUUUAAAAGCUUUUUUUAUAUGGACUAUUAUUUUAGAAUGAAUACUGUUCUUUGUUUUUGCAAGAUGUUCCAAGAUGAAUUCCAAUAACUAUAGCUUGGUCCACUGAUUUGGGCUGUAAAUAAUUUCAACACUAACAAAAGUAUUCCUACGUUUCUGGUUUAUUAUUUAUCUUAAUUGCUCACUUUAAAGGGCCGGCUCCCCCAUAUGAAAGCCACUUACAUUUUUGACUGGUACUGUAUGUGUUUAUGAUCCAGCUUUCGUCUAAGAAUUAAAUGGUGUUUUGGGAUGGGGUUACUAGCUAGUGUAUUUUACGUCGCACACGAGUAUAACAUCCCACAUUAGAUUUUUUUUAUUGUCACGUACACCAGAUAGGUGCAGGUAAAUGUGUGGUUUUACAGAGUCAGCCAUAGUACGUUACCCCAGGAGCAAGUUAGGUUUAAGUGCCUUGCUCAAGGGCACAUUAGCAGAUGUUUCACCUUGUCAGUUCGGCUAUUCGAAUCAGCGACCUUUCGGUUAAUGGCCCAACUGCUAGGAUACCUGCCCCCAUUAGAAAACACUGUUGGGUUAAAAAUGAAAGUUGUGAAAAUGUUGCCGAUUUGACCAUUACAUCUUAUGGACACUAGAUGGCACAAGAAGCUCUGAGGGUGAAAUAAAGAGGACUCAAAA